ACCAGUCCGCAGCAGAACAUGAUGGCGGGAACGAAUUGAUGAGCGCGCGAAAUCCCUAUUUGUGUUUUUCCUCUCUCUCUCUCUUUUAAAAAAAAAAAACAUUUAUUUAUUUAUUCAUAAACAUGAAAUCGAUUUAAAUUAAGCGUGCACAUAUAUAUCUACCGUCACCGUUACCAUCACCAAGUUAGUUGAUAUUAUUGAAUCAGAAAAAAUGGGAAAGAAGAGAACUAGGGUUUCCGACGAUGAGGAAAUCGAAUCUGACCUCAACCGUCACAAUCACGAAGAAAACAACACCCUCUACCAGGUUCUUGGUGUAGAGAGAACAGCGUCUCAACAGGAAAUAAAGAAGGCAUACUACAAGUUGGCAUUGAGGCUGCAUCCUGAUAAGAACCCUGGUGAUGAGGAAGCGAAAGCAAAGUUUCAGCAAUUGCAAAACGUUAUCUCAAUUCUUGGGGAUGAGGAAAAACGGGCCCUUUAUGAUCAGACUGGUUGUGUUGAUGAUGCUGACCUUGCAGGAGAUGUUGUUCAGAACCUUAAAGAGUAUUUCAGAGCAAUGUACAAGAAGGUCACUGAAGCUGAUAUUGAGGAGUUUGAAGCGAACUAUAGGGGAUCUGACUCUGAGAAAAAUGAUUUGAUUGGUCUGUACAAGAAGUGCAAGGGUAAUAUGAACAGGUUAUUCUGUUCAAUGUUGUGUUCGGAUCCUAAACUUGACUCACACCGAUUCAAGGAUAUUCUUGAUGAGGCUAUGGCUACUGGAGAACUAAAGGAAACAAAAGCCUACAAGAAGUGGGCAAAGAAAAUAUCAGAAACCAAACCACCAACUAGUCCUUUAAGGAGGGCAAAAUCAAAUAAGAAAUCAGAAACAGAUCUGUAUGCUAUUAUAUCACAACGUCGAUGUGAGAGGAAGGACCAGUUUGAUUCUAUGUUCUCAUCUCUAGUUUCAAAAUAUGGUGGAGGUCAUAUGCCAGAACCGUCUGAAGAGGAAUUUGAAACUGCACAGAGAAAGCUGGAAAGCCGAAGGUCCUCAAAAAAGUCAAAGCGAAAGUAACCAACUUAUGAUUGUGUACUGUAUAGUUUGAUUCUGAAUGUGAACGUCACUUCAGCUAAUUCUAGUGGGAAUUCUUAUCUUCUGUCUUGCUGUAUUACGGGGUAGUUAUUUUCAUGGGCAAGUUAAUGUGAGUGGUUAUUUUUAAGGCUGAAACAGAGCAGGAGCUUUCCUAAAAAUUUUAGGCUUUAUGUUAUCUUUUAUCAAUUUCUCUCAUCCAUGUGUAUUCUACUUUUUGAAGCUUCAUUACCAAUCUCCAUCACAAUUCGAUUUAAAUGAAAUA